AGCUUCCUGAAAGCAGCACAUUGUGGUCGCUCAUUGGUCCAUCCCUUUCUCCUCUCUGCGAGACGUUCACUGACACACCCGCACCGUGCCGUGAGCUGCGGACAGACAGACUGACGGCACCGUGAGAUGAUGUGGAGUGUUGUGAUGCUGCUGGCCACGGCCCUCGGUGUGGAUUCCUAUGCUGUCCAUGACCUCCAUGAGCGUUUGGCCCAUGGCCGCCAGCUGAAGAUCUAUCUGCCCAAGAGUGCCGAGAAGCUGGAGUUCAUCUCAGCUGAGGAUCCCCACAAGAUGUUUAUGUACUGGGAGCAUUCCAGACUCAGGGCCAACAAAGGCAGGGUGUCUGGCACGGGCAGCGACCGACGCUGGUACAUCGACAAGGUGACCUAUGAGGACGAGGGGACAUACAUCCAGAGAGACUUCUGGAAUAAAGAGAUCGCCUCUGUCAAAGUGGCCGUCACAACCAAACACAACUACGUGAAGCGCGUGGCAGGAGAGAGCCUCAUCAUCUCCCUGGAGGGCAUCGACCUGGCCGACGCCGGCCUCUCCUUCUCUGGGGAGGCUGCCAACGUUACACUGGUGCGAGAUGGUGCUCCAGUCUCCCAGGACCUUCCAAAUUAUUGGGACCGUGUUCAGACCCACUCCAAUAACAUCGAGAUCAGGAACGUGAACUACAGUGAUGAAGGCCACUAUACCCUGAGAGACCGCAGGGACCGCAUGGUGUCAAUCACCAGAAUGAACCUGACAGAUCACCAUAAUGGCACAGAGGGAAACCCCCUCCUGGCUCUGCUCUUGCUGCUGGGCAUCCCGGCUGGGAUCUGCUGCUGCUGUCGGAAAAAUAUUUUUAAGAAGAAAGCCCCCCACGCUACAAUGCUGCAGAACUCCCCACAUGUAAUUCACCCCCCCCCCUGUGGUCCUGUUGGACCUGCUCCCCCAUACAACACUCCAGGACAGCCAGGCGUGGUGUACUACCACGGGCCGGACCCCAGCAUGGGUCCUGCAGUCCAUCCUCCCCCCGGCCCAGGGCAGUGGAACGGCCCCCCCCCCCUCUCCUGGAUUCAACCCGGGGUACCCAGGCCACCCCCCCCAGAACCCUUCCUAUCCUCCUGCUGGUCCAGCUAUGUUUCCCCCUGCCCAGCCUCCACAAUGGAACGGUUCACCACCAGGCCACCCCCCCCAGAACCCUUCCUAUCCUCCUGCUGGUCCAGCUAUGUUUCCCUCUGCCCAGCCUCCACAAUGGAAUGCUUCACCACCAGGCCAGUACCCCCCUGGACCUGCAGCCCAAAUGGGCUAUGCUUCAGCUCCAGCCAUGUACAGUGCUCCACCUGCAGCCGCCAGUGAGCAUGCUCGGGAGGAGGUGAAGACCAGCAGCAUGGCAGCCUCCCCCGCUGACCCCCUGCUGACUGCCCCAUCACAGUCGGAAGCUGCGUCCUCUCCUAUGGCUCCUGUGGCCCCCUCCUCCACCAACAUCCUAAGUUCUGCUGAUGACGCCUUCCAGUUCAAGAUUGAAGGAGACAAAAACUCCACAAGCUUCCUUUAGGGUGGAGCAGCCUCCUCACUUUGUUCUUACAGGUGGAAACAAUGGAGAGUAGAUUAUAUUCUUUGUCUCCUUGAUCCAUAUUUAAUCCCAUCUCCCUGAGGAUCAAGUGUUUCUAGGCUAAAUGAGCAAUCAUUUUUGGAAUAAGAUCUACUGACUCUUUUGCAGUGGGAGUCCAUUAUGUGGAGAUGUAAUUUCCAGAGUUGAGACAAAGAAAGGAUUUUGUUUCUUGAAAAGUAAGCAUAGGGAAUAGAAGUGUAUUUUGAUCAUUUGAUGAGUAAAUCUAAACAGCUGGGUUCAAGUUAAAAAUAUGUCUUGUGUUUUUAUCUACAUUUUAUUAAUUCCAGCCCUUUUACUUUUUGUAUUAAUCCUUUUUUCUGUUGUUGAUUUGAGAGGAAGCCAAGCAAUCAAGCAAAAAUACUUGAGAGGAAGUCGAAAGAGUCAGAGCCAGAAUCAACAAAAGAAAAGCAAGCAGCCAACCAUUGGCUGCCAACCAUUGGCUGCCAACCAUUGGCUGCCAACCCCUCAACAGUAACUCCUCCCAGACUGCCCGAUAUGAGAAAUGCUUCACUGGCAAAUAAGUUGCCUUGGGGUGUGUUCAGACUAAUGACAAAGACAAUGAUUCUUUUUUAUUUUACCAUGAAUUUGGAAAUGUUUUCAGUCUGUGAUUUUGGCAGUCUAUGAGAGGAUAAGACACUGACUGUCAGGGCCGGCCCUAGACUUUUGGGGGCCCUAAGCGAGCUUUGGCUUGGGGGCCCCCCUCACUCUAGUGCGUUCUCACUACACACAACACGGAACCAACUUUUGUCUUAUGAUGUUAGCAUAAGCACACAUAUGUAUAAAUAAGCAUGUAAACACUGUGGACCUAACCUCUUCUAGCGGGGUCCUCACCUCCUCUAAGGGGGUCCUCACCUCCUCUAGGGGGGUCCGGGGGCAUGCUCCCCCGGGAAGAUUGUUUUUAAAAUAUUGA